AUGAUAUUAGAGAUAACUCAAGACAACAAAGUUGUUUUAGAGGGGAUACAAGAGAACACAGCUGGUAUAGAGGACAUACAAGGAAACACGACAAUAACAGAGUGUAUGCAGGAGAACGCAAACUUAACAGAGAGCACACAAGAAAACACAGUUGUAACAGAUGGUACAAAGGAGAACGCAGUUGACGUAGAAUGCAUACAAGGUGAUGCAAACGUAACACAGAACACACAAGAAAACACAGUUGUAACAUAUGUUACAAAAGAGAACGCAAUUGAAGCAGAAUGCACACAAGGUGAUGCAAACGUAACACAGAACACACAAGAAAACACAGUUGUAACAGAUGUUACAAAAGAGAACGCAGUUGAAGCAGAAUGCACACAAGGUGAUGCAAACGUAACACAGAACACACAAGAAAACACAGUUGUAACAGAUGUUACAAAAGAGAACGCAGUUGAAGCAGAAUGCACACAAGGUGAUGCAAACGUAACACAGAACACACAAGAAAACACAGUUGUAACAGAUGUUACAAAAGAGAACGCAGUUGAAGCAGAAUGCACACAAGGUGAUGCAAACGUAACACAGAACACACAAGAAAACACAGUUGUAACAGAUGUUACAAAAGAGAACGCAGUUGAAGCAGAAUGCACACAAGGUGAUGCAAACGUAACACAGAACACACAAGAAAACACAGUUGUAACAGAUGUUACAAAAGAGAACGCAGUUGAAGCAGAAUGCACACAAGGUGAUGCAAACGAAACACAGACCAAACAAGAAAACACAGUUGUAACAGGUGGUACAAGGAAGAACAAAUUUGAAACAGAGGGUACGCAAGAAAAUGUUGUAGAAAGCAUGGAUACACAAUAUAGUGCAGUCGUAAUAGGAGGCACACAAGAGAACACAGUUAUAACAGAGGACACACGAGAAAAUGCAGCCGUAAGAAAGGGCAUAAAGGAAAACCCUAUUGUAAGUGACUGUAUCAAAGAGAACAUAACGGACAUACAAAACAAAGAAGUAGCAACAGAGGGCUCACAAGAAGAGACAGUUGUGUUAAAGCGUACAGAAGAGAAUACAGUUGUAACAGAAGGUGUCAAAAACAAUACAAUUCCAAACAAAGGCACUAAAAAACAAAGAUUGCAAACUGUUCACCAAAAAAGCAAGAUAGUAGAAGGUGCACAUGAUAACACAAUUUCAAUUAAGGAGAUACACAAUACUAGUGAUACUGUUUCCACAGAAAGCUCACAAGACGAUACAAUAUCCACAGAAAGCCUGAAUACUUCUUUAUCAGCAGAGCAACUAGACCAAAUACUAAACGCCCUUGGUGGCAUUCCCUGCAAUGAAGUUAUAGUUGACUUCACAUCUAUUAAUGCAGGAAACGAUGAAAUUAAUUUGUCAGAAUCUGAAAACUCUGUGCCAGUUGAUGGUACGCAAGGUGCAGAAAGUCAGAGGACUGGAAGGUACCCAACCAGGGUCACUCUGAAAUCUAAAACUCAGCAUGAUAGUAGUUCUGAUCAAUUUGAUGAUUCCUCAGAUGAGUAUGUACCUCCAAAGAGACACAAGAGAAAAAGAUUAACUUAUGAUUCUUCCUCUGACAGUUCAAGCUCCUCAAGGGAAAGGAAAACUAAAUGUAGAAAGAAGAAGAAAAAGAAGAGCGAUUUAAAUCUAGAAGAAAGCAAAGGAAUCCUUCUGAAUGGCAAAGAAACAAAACGAAACUACUUCGAAACAAAGGAAAAAAAUACACAAACAAGAAAGGCAAAGUAA